GCCGCUUGAGCUGGGUCUUUGGAGCAUCCUCUACUGCUACCUCUGGCCACGGCCUCCGGGCCGCCAGGAAGUGGGUGUAUUUCCUUUCCUUCAUUCCGCCCGCCUUGACGGCCUGCUGCAGUGUAGGCCACCUGUCUGGCUCCGGGUCACCUGUCCCGGGGCUCUGGACCGAAGUGCCAAGCACCGUUUAACCUACUCGCUCCCCCGCCAACCUCCCCUUAAGCCCUGCCCCUCCUCCACCCGACCUGCUCCUACCUGCCCCGAGCCCCAUUUUGCGCCGCCCUCUCCUCUACCCCGCCGUUCCCCCUUCGCCGGGAGACUUCCGAACCGGGGAUUAGAGGGCCGCUUUUCUUCGGGCGUGGGGGCGGGGAGAGUGGGAUGGACCGGGCCGAGUUGGCCUGGGCCUUGGCCCCGCGGGAAAAUGAUGUCCGCUCUCUUCUCUGAAUCCCCCGCCAGCCCGGCCCUCGUGCCAGCCGCCCGACCCCGGGGGGAUCUCCGCGCGCGAGUAGUGGGCCGACCACCUCCCCAGAUGUGCCCGGACUCGGCCUCGGGGCGCCCGCGGGCCCGCGGGAAGCCCAACAUCUGCAGCCAGCUAAGCAGGAGGGCCCAGGGCUUUUUCACGAAUGAUGCUGGGAUGGUUCAGAGGACAAACCUGGGGAUCCUGAGGAAGCUGGUGUGCCAGAAAAGCACUAAAUUCAAGAAUGUUUGGACAACUCAUUCUAAAUCUCCUAUUGCCUAUGAGAGAGGAAGAAUAUAUUUUGACAAUUACCGGUGCUGUGUCAGCAGUGUUGCAGCAGAGCCAAGAAAGCGUUAUGAGAUGCCGAAGUGUUCUAAAUCAGAAAAAAUAGAGGAUGCUUUAUUGUGGGAAUGCCCCGUGGGGGACAUACUGCCCAAUCCAUCAGAUUACAGAUCUUCCCUUAUAGCACUGACUGCUCAUAACUGGCUACUCCGUAUAUCUGCAAAUAAUGGAGAAGUACUGGAGAAAGUUUAUCUUGCUUCUUAUUGCAAAUUCAGAUAUUUGAACUGGGACACUCCCCAAGAGGUCAUUGUUGUCAAGUCAGCUCAGAGCAAAGCCACUGGUCUCGCACGCCAGGCAGGCAUUCAACCGUCUGUUCUGUUGUACUUUGCUGUAUUUCGAGUCAUACCUCUCUCACUUAUAGGAAUGCUGGAGAUCAAUAAGAAAAUUUUUGGGAGUGGUGUCACGGAUGCCACGAUUUCUCAUGGAAUGUUGAUUGUGAUGCAUAACUCAGGACUGAUCAGACUCUAUAGCUUCCAGGCCAUCACUGAACAGUUCAUGCAGCAGAAACUUGACCUGGGGCGUGCAUGCAGAUGGGGUGGGACAUCUGGAACUGUAGGGGAGUCUCCUUUUGGCAUUCCUUGUAAUAUUAAAAUCACAGACACUCCACCGCUGCUCUUUGAAGUGUCUUCUCUGGAAAACACAUUUCAGAUUGGAGGCUAUCCUUGGCACUACAUCAUCACCCCUAACAAGAAGAAACAAAAAGGCGUCUUCCAUAUUUGUUCUCUGAAAGAUCAUUCCUUGGCAAAAAAUGGGAUCCAAGAAAUGAACUGUUGUUCUCUAGAAUCUGACUGGAUAUAUUUCCAUCCUGAUGCAUCUGGGAGAAUAAUUCAUGUGGGUCCAAAUCAGGUCAAAAUCUUGAAACUAAAAGAAAUAGAAAAUAACAAGACCCAGCAUCAGGUUGCUGAAGAUUUUGUCAUUGUGGCCGACAGAGAAGAAAAAACCAAAAGCUUAUUAACUGUUACAGCUUCUGGACGAGUGGUGAAAAAACGUUUUAACCUGUUGGAUGAUGACCCAGAACAAGAGACUUUCAAAAUUGUGGACUAUGAAGAUGAGUUGGAUUUGCUCUCUGUGGUGGCAGUUACCCAGCUGGACGCUGAGGGGAAAGCUCACCUGGAUUUCCACUGUAAUGAACAUGGGACAUUACUCAAGAGCAUUCCAUUAGUGGAGUCAUGGGACGUGACAUACAGCCAUGAAGUUUACUUCGACAGAGACUUAGUUUUGCACAUAGAACAGAAACCCAACAGAGUCUUCAGCUGCUAUGUUUACCAGAUGGUAUGUGAUGCUGUGGAAGAAGAUGAAAACAUGAGCAGUUGUUAAUUUUAAAAAAAAAAGGACAAGAAGAAAAAAGAUGAUGAUGAUAAUGGUGAUGAUGGGGUAAGGAAUGGAAGACAACUUUACUCUUUGAGUUGUAGCUCCUGAGACUUUUGAUAAAGCACCGAGCUAUGGUUAAACCCAGACUUGGGCUAAAGUUCUAACUGGCUUUCCUGCAUUAUGAGCCCAGUUUUUAUUCUUUCCUUGGUGGCAACUAGAGGAAAGAAUAUCUGUAGCAGAAAGAAAUGCUGUAUCCCUCCAUGCUCUCAUAACAUGCCACUUUCCAUCCCAACAUCUCAUAUAACACUAUGUUGCCCCAGUGGAACCCAAAAGAGGCAUGGCCCUGAACAGAGCAGGAAGAGCCCAGAAGUCAGAUGCAGGCUGGGCUUUUGCCACCCGCAGAGUUAAAUUCUUCAUGCUUUUCUGAAAAGACCUUGUAGAGAAAGCAUAACAAAGCUCUCAGUUACAUAGAAACCAUGUGCCCUACCCUUCCUUCCUCUCACCCCCCUCCCCUCCCCACUUCCCAGGAAUAAGAAAAAUAGAGAAAUGAUAAAGGAUACCUCUUCUAACCUCUGUGCCCUGAGAUGGGAGAGGUCCAUAGCUAUGGGUAAAGACUUAUUUUUGAGCCAAAAAUGCCUGUUAUCAGGAUUUUUUAAAAAAGUUUUACAUUUGUCUUAUAAGAAGCUGUAUUUGUAUACAUUAUCAAGAUUAGGUGCUAGUUCCCUCACACACUCUUUGUAGUGUUUUGUUUCUCACAGGGUGCUAGUUAUUUGUACCAUAGAUUGUUCUGACAAGUUUUGUUAUAAAUCUGGAUUUGGAGAAAUAGGGUCUCUUUAUUUCUGAUCAUACAACCAAGUUUAAUCUUGAUGAACACAUUGUAAAAUGUUGCUGUCACAGAUGGAAUGGUUGGACCUGGGCUCUUCCCACAUUUGGUGGGUCAUCCUCUGCCCUCGUUUUGUCAGAAUCCUUUUGUAAACAAUUGCUUCACACUGAUGCAGUUGAUUGGAUAUGCCCUUCGUACUGGCAGCUCUUUUUACUUCAGAUGUUGUAUAUGAAAGUCCAGGAAGUAUCACAACUAAACUGGGCAAGUUCCUUAGUAGCUGGAGAGAAUGAGCCUUCUGCCAAGUUUCUAGACUGAGAUAGUGGAGCACUCAUCCUUCUUUGUCAUCACGGAUCUGAAUCAGGUCUUGGGUGAUCACUGAAGACUCCCUUUUGUUUGGGAUGUGGAAUAAAAGGUAACCUAAGCAAAGGGAGGAGUUUUGUGUGGUUCCUGUUUCAGAGAUCCAAUUGCUUGCCAUCCACAUGUUCAACACAUUUCCAGUUCAGCUUCAAAGACUAAUGCUGGCAAAUACAGAAGGGAAGGAAAUAGCCAGGAGAAUCAUAAAUAUAUUCAAGUACAGGAGGGUUUUAAUAUGAGAGUUCAUCUUUGGUCAUUUAAAUGAAUAUCCUUAACAUUCUUCUUGUCCAGAUUUAGCCUACUCCCAUAUGACAAGGGACAUCAGUCCUGCCUUUAGAUUAUGCCUUUAAAUGUUUGAAAAUAAAAACCAAACCUACAAGCAUCUCUAGAGCUAAGGAAAGAUAGGUGUCAUAUACUCCCAGAUCAGUGGGGUAGGCAAUAGAACUGGGAGGCUGAAAAAACAAAGCCAGCUCCCAUUAUUUUUAAAAAAUGCCAUGUCUUUAAUAGAAAAGGAAGUUAUUUGGCCUGUUUUGAAAUUAGGAACAAGAAGAAUAGAUUAAAAAAAUAUAUUUUUGGCCCUAUGUGUUGUUGUAAUAUGUAACUCUCUGAAAUAGUAUGUGAUUGUCUCCUGUGUAAAUAUUACUUAAUAAGAUAAAAAUUUAUGCAUAUUAUUGAAUUGUUAUAUUCUCCUGUAUCUGCUAAUUGAAGAGACUAUUCUUCUCAAAGUAUGAUAUAUAAUAACAUUUAAUAUAAUGGCUUCUGAGGAACUCAGAAUACUUUAUAGACAUACUUUUGUUGGUAGCAAUAGGUCAAGAUUAUUAUUAUUAUGAAGCAGUGAUGUGUCUACUGUCAGCUAGGUGCUAUCCCAAAUACAAUUAAAUACAAACUGUUUCGAGGCACAGAUGGACCCAAUGACUGUUUACAAACAAAAAGUGCAACAAGAGGGAACAGGGUAAGAAUAUCUCCAAGGGAAAGGCAAGUAACAGAUGCCAGGGGGAAAGAGACUAGAGUUCUGGACACCUUAGAUCAUAUUCAAGAACAGAACUUUGACUGUGUUCAUAAUCCUUUUCCCAACAGUGUUUUAGGGAAGUAUAACUUUGGACCACAGAUAGAUCUAUCUAGGCCUCAAAGUCUUUAUUGAAAUCAAAUCAAGUCAACAAGCACUGUUCUAAAUAUUGGGGAUACAAAGAAAGACCAAAACCCCCUCAAAAAAAAAAAAAGCAGUGCCUGUCCUUAAGGACCUCACAGUCAAGCCUUUCCCUCAGCCAGGUUUAAGUUUGUUUUGCACAGACUGUUUUUGCAAGAUUUUGUGUGGACUUUUUGUUUUGGAAAAGGUUGAGUCAAUCUAAAGAACAUAGAAUUAUUGAGCUGAAAAAGACCUUAAGAAGCCAUUUAAUAAGCACUCCUUCACCUUUCAGGGGAGAUAUUUUUCUUGACUUCUUCAUACCAGUAUGUAACAAACCUUACCAAAAGUGAAUUCUUCAUAUCUAAGCUGAGUGCUUUAUACAGUAGCCCACACCUUUUUCCCCUUGUUCUGUCCUAAAAUCCUAAAUAUCAAGCCAAUUAGGGUAAAUUAAUGCUAAGCCAAAUUGAUAUUUUACCUCUCUAGAGUGAAAAUAGUGCAAAUUCUGAAACAGAAAUCCUGGCUUCAGAUCUAGCCUGUGCCACCAACACUACUAGGGUGACUUUGGGCAAGUCAUUUAAUCUCCUUGGUCUUCAAUUUCCUCUUCUGUAAAAUGAGAGGAUUGGACUUAAUGGCCUCUGAGGUCUCUUCCAACUUUAAAUCUACGCUACUGUGAUACACAUAUAUAUGUAUGCACGUACGUGUAUGUAUGUAUGUAUAGCUAUAUGUGCAGUAGUGGUACAAAUAAAACCACAUUUUAAUGAAUAUUAUCAUAACCUGAUGUGGAUAUAAUCAAUUCUGUUGAUUAAAGAAGCCCAUGUGCAGAUAUAUUAAAGAGUCCCUAUCAAUUUAGCCAAUCUAUUUAAUGAAAACUUUGUCUUUGGUGUUGUAUUUAUAAAGUAAUUGUAUUUAAAGAUCUAAAGGGUGUUGA